AUGUCUUUACGGCGAAAGUCCUGUGACGCCUGCUUCAAGGGUCGUCGAAAAUGCGAUCGUAACUAUCCCGCAUGCGGGACUUGUCAGCGUACCAAGAAAAGCUGCCACUAUGCUUAUGCGCCGAUUUCAUCCGCCACGUCCAGUCUACCCGAUGACUCCAUAUCCGCAGAUACCAACAUCAACGUCGCCACAGCAGCUCUGACGGAAACCACCGGGGACACCGCUGGAGGCUUUUUGGCUCCUGGGGAUAUUUUCCUCUUUGACUAUGGGGACGAUCAAUCCGAUUCCUUUCCUGUCCAGCCAUGGUCAGUCGGCGACGCCGCGUCAGGCACACCACGCAGCAGCUCUACCAGUCUGCAACGUAAUCCCACCACACUACCGUCCUCCUCCACGCCAUCCUCAGCAUCGUGGUGCGCGCCAUCAAGACUGCCAAAGUUGAACAUACCCAACUUCCUGGGCGGCCUCGGCGAGGUGCAGCGCGUGGACGGCAGCACCGACAGCUGGAGGUGGGUAAUCGACGAGCUCAAACGCUGCCCGCGCGACCUUGCCACACGCGGCGAGAAUCUCUUCAUGCACAAGCACCUCUACCGUGACGCGAUGCCGCGGGCGGUCCGGGCGGCGCUGGGCACCUCGGCGGCCUUCUGCAUGCUCAAUGAGAACAACCGCCAGUUUCUGUUCCGCGCCCUGGACGCCGAGGUGUUGGAGCUGCUCAGUCCCCCUCCGCCGCUGGAUAAAGACGCGAGUUCAGGCCACGGCUACAUGGGAGCUAAUGCAAGCAGCAGCAUUGGUAGUAGAAUGUCCCUUAUCGAAGAACUGGCGCGGCUGCAGGCCUUCACGUUGUUCCAGAUGAUGCGCUUGUUUGGAGGCGGUCUGGAGCAGCGCGUGAUCGUCGAGCAGCAGCGAGACCUGCUGACGACGUGGGCGCUGCAACUCUUGAGGCGGUCGCGGGCCGAGCUGGGCGACGAUGGCCAACGUGCGUCGGAUGUGGAUGGCGACUGCUGGCACGACUGGAUCGUAGCUGAGAGCAUCCGCCGUACCGUCAUGAUUGUCUAUAUGUUCUACGGCAUGUACUCGCUGGCGACACAAGGCUUCUGCGUCGAGAUUCCCACGCUCUCUAAGCUGCCCGUUUCGGCAGCGCCGGCGUCGUGGCACUCGGAGGCUGCUUACCUGGCUCGGAGUCGAAGUGGUGAGGCCCAGCAGACACUAACGUAUGAAGAAUUCACACAGUGUUGGAUGGUGUCCCUGCCGAAGACGGUGGAUCCGUUCGACAAAUUUCUUGUCGUUCCCUGUAAAGGUUUCGAUGGUAUUGCUGCGUGUUCCUUCCAAGAUGCUCAGUAG